GUGCCAUGAGAUAUGGCUUGGAUGCUCGAUUGUAGAUGCAGGAACACCAACAUAUAUGGGAGCACUGCCACAGGCCCGGGUGGCAGUUGCCAAAAUGUGGCAGCGGAAGCAACGCGCCUAUUUGCCUUCUCUCUGUUCCAUGACUUUUGAAACGAAUUCCUCGAGUCAAGUGCCAGGUGAAACUACGAGUGGGCCCUGCCUCAGAGCGGCAUCGGCGGGGCCGCGGAAGGGAGCGAUAGAUCUGCGCAGAGACCAGAUCGGGAUCCCGCAACUGCAACUGCGACCCCGCAAGAUAAAACUCAGCUCGAACGAGCGAUGCUUUUUCCUCCGCUCGCCCAGAUUUCGGCUGAGACUGGAUCCCUAGUUGUUGGGAUCAGAACUAGGCCGACGUCCAGCGCCCUGGCACUGAGAAGCUCCGUCUCCUCGCUUGCCACCGUCGAGCGCGGUCUGGAUAUCUGGCACUUGGUCUAGAGAUAACUCGGGUCUGCUGCUUGCUCAAGGAUAAAAUAAAACAGCAAAAACUCGCGGCGGACAACUUGUUCUUACUGGGGCAGACGGGAUUUGCGGUGGAGCGAAUCAGCGGCGGGUGUCGAGCUUUGGCAGAGAACUAGAAGAAUCCCAAAUCGAGAAAUCAAUUGACAUUUCUGGGUCUUCUCCGUAUAACGAACCGAGAUAAAUCUCCGCCCCGCUUUGGCAAUCUCGAUGUGACCAGCAUAUAUAAACCUCGACGCGUCCAAUUUAUCGUCACGUCUCUCUUUUCGUUGACCCCCCACUCUUUGCUCUCGCGACGAUGCGUCUCGCGCCGACACUCCUUCUGCCGUUCCUUGCGGCUCUCCUCGCUCCUUUCUCCCCAGCCACUGCGGCAUUGUCUCAUGGUGCUGGUCUGCACACCUCGCCCACGCGUACCAUCGCCCGUCUCCAGCAUCAUCAGCCUCGAUCCCUCAUUGACAUCUGCGUCAAUAUUCCUCAGCUCGCCGUUAAUCUUCUCAACACGCUCGGCCUAAAUGUCCAACUUUGUCUCUGUCUCAAGGAUCUCGACCUGUAUCUGGAAACCACCGACAAUGUGACGCUUCAAAACAACGCUCUGCUGGCAGUCAACGCUCUCGCGAGUACUCGCUCUGCCCAUCGUCACUCGUCGCUGACUGUCAUCCUGCAGAUCAACGGCGACGGAUACCACGUUCAAUGCGGGCCGCUCCCUGCGCACGCUAAGCACGCCUGUACCACCGACGACCCCUGUGCCAUCACCUGCCUCGAUGGGUAUGUGCUGUCCGACGACAAGGCCAGCUGUGUUUGUCCCUGGGGCACGAUAGAUUGCAAAGGGCAAUGUGUUUCCGCUAGCGCGGGAUGUUCUGGUGCAUCUCCCGUGGCCCGCUCACUUAAGGCACGCGAUGAGCCGAUCACGACAUUGGAAGCUGCUCAAAAGCGCUGUGGAUCGCUCAAAGUCUGUGGAGUUGCUGAUCCCAGCUCCAAGUACGAGUUUGAUUGUGUCGACACCACAUCCAACUUCGACAGCUGCGGUGAUUGUGUGUUCCCGCACCCCUUCCAGUCGGGUGAACAAACUGUGCUCGCCCGUGGCGUCGACUGCGGCCGCAUCCUGAACGCUCGCCAUGUCAGUUGCCACCAAAGUCGAUGCGCAGUUCAGUCUUGCCGUAAAGGAUACGUCCUUAGCGGCGAUGAAUGCGUGCCCCACGGCGCGGAGAAGCGUGCGCUUAACGUCCUGGGUCUCCUCACGGUGGACACUGGCUCCUCGGCUUCGAGCUCGUCGCAGGUCAUCGCGCCCGCGCUGGGAGCAUCGAUGGUCGGUACGAUGGGAUGCGCUGCGGCUCUCAAAGGGGCCAGCGGUUCUAUCGGGGGCACCAGCGCGUCUGACGCCGUCGCACCUGUUUUGUCGUCGGUGAGCACCAUGCUCGGAUCGACGACCGCGUCGAGCCUCGCGUCGAACGUCGAUGCCUCGGUGGACGCGACUACCGAUCUCAAGUCACAGAUCGAGGCCUGCAACUGCUCUGACAGCCUCGGGAGCCUUCUCAAAGAUGUCGAUGAUCUGCUCAACCACUUGCUCAACCUGCAGGGUGCCUGCAACUCCGCAGGUGGAUCGGCGCCGACGGUUCCUGGAGACCAGAACUGCCUGUAUGCGGAUGCUCAUCGACUCGUCUGCGACAUUGAUCCGGACCUCUACAUUGCUCCGAUCUCUAUCUGUGGGUUGUUGGGCCCCGAGUUGGACAAAGACGUGCAGAACAUUGUCAACGGUCUGGGACUGGGGCUGCAGCCGAGAGAUGCGCCUGGAUGUUUACUCGCGCCCCCCACUGGCAGUUUGCCUGCGGCUCCUCCCGUCUCUGCCCCUGCAUCGGGUCCGGUCGCAGUCUCAGCACCCGCUGUCCCAGUUGUUACCCCGUCGGUUCCAUCGACACCGGCUUCGCCUUCAACACCGGCCCCUCCUUCGACGCCAGUUGAUCCGUCUUCGCCUGACAUUGUCAUCUACCUGGCUGGUAUCACUAUCGACUUGGCGCUGCAGCUUAGUGCCGCUGCUGGCUCUCUCGAUCCGAACACCUGCGGUGGUGAUCUCAUCACACUGAUCAACAACCUGGUGAAAAGCCUUCUGGGAAAGCCGUUGCUUGGAAAGGGCGCCAUCAUCAGUCGUGAUCUGUUGGGUCUGGACGGGACACUUGAUAGUCUUGGUCUCGGUGGAGGCUCGCUGGAUGGUCUGACGUCCGAUCUGGGACUUGGUUCGGCUGGCUGUGCCCUCAGUCUUUGUGGAUUGACGCCGACGAUCAAUGGUGUGGUGAGCGCCCUGGGUCUCGCUCCCAGUUCUUGCAAUGCGGGCUCGCUCAAUCUUGGCCCGUUGCUCGACGACUUGGAUAGUGCAGUCCAAAAGUUGCUCGGGAGUGCAGCGGGGUGCGGAUGUGCAUCUAGUCCAGCGGUCACUAGCGCAAUCGCUGGUUUGCAGGCUAACGCGACCGCGGCGGGGACUGCCAACAUCGCACGCGCUGAGCGGGCUGUCCGCCGAGCCGCCCGCGCUCAGAUUCCUCGCCGUCAUCAUAAACUUCGUCGGGCGGAUUCGAAUUCGGUGCUGGCCCCGGCGCUGGUUGGGCCGAUGACGACUGCUUUGACUGUGACCGUCUCGCUGACGAACGAUCUCCCGGCCGGUGCCCCGAAAUGCGACACAUUGCUGUCGAGUCUGAACUCGCUGUUUGGAUCGACUCCCACGACGCUGACGGCGAACAUCUACAUCUCAUUGGCGGCGGCGAAGACGUACCUGACCGAGUUGGAGGGCUGUGGGUGCGACAGCACUGGGCUCAGCAAGCUGGUGCAGCAGCUGGUCGACAGUCUGAACGAGAUGCUGGGCCAUUGCAAGAACAACUCUCCGACGGUUUCGUCGACUGGGAAGUGCCCUGAAGAACAAGCUGUGUGUGGAUUGCUCCCGGGGCUGUAUCUCAGCUCGACAGUCCGGUGCGCGAUCCAGGAUUUGUCCGGUGUUGCGUCCACCACGUGUUUGACCGUACCAUCCUUGGUGGUGGACACCUCUGUGUUGCUGCCGACUGCUUCGUCGCCAGCGGUAUCGGCUGAUCCGCAGGACGCUCUCGUUGUGUCGGCCAACCAAGUCCUGGCACUGGCUCUGAAGAUCAACCUGGCUUGCGGAAACCUCCCGGCCAAGUCAUCCGACAACGUUCUCGAUCUGAAUGCAGCGGUGAAUGCGCUGCUGCAGUACCUUGUAGGCGACGAUCUGCUUCAUGCCACAUCGCUCGGCAAUGUUGGCGGUGCGCUGGGUGGUAUUCUGAGCGGAAGCGAUGGGUUGGAGCUGCAGCAAGUGUCUGUGGACAGUCUCGUGCAGGAGAUUCUCGCUGCGCUGGGACUUGCUGGCGCGGAUCCUCACUGCGGAUGCAAUUCUGCUGUCAACAGCAUCACUGCCGAUGUGAAUGCACUUGGGCCGGCUGUGACUCAGUUGCUGCACGCGGGCACAUGCAACUGCGGCAAUGCAGCCCUGCUCGGUCUAUUUUCGUCUGGUCUGACGAGCAGUGUCGUCAACGGCUUCAAGCUUCUCCGCGUUGAUCUCUAAAACUGUGACGCAUGUUUUUUCUCGCCUGAAUUCUGUAUAGACUUGGAUGCAGGAAACUCUGCAUUCCUUCGCUCUUUUCGUCUUGUCACCUUUUGCACUCUUUGUACGUAGCCACCGAAAUACAUAAUACGAUACCUGCCUUUUUUGGUCCCGAGCCGUCGGAUCAAAUAUCGGCUGAUGUUCUACUUUGACCCGG